UUGUCCUCAUCUAUUUUGCCCGCCGGGCACUCUACAGGAGGGGCACCUGUUCAUCGGCUUACUUUUAGCCUGCUCCAUUUUUUUCCGCUCUGUGGAAAAUUCUUUAUCGGUCUUUGGUUGGAAGCCGGUUACUAAACUCAGGUGGGGUGUAGGCGUCCCUCUCUGCUGGGGCUUGGUAAGGGCGUCCACCGGAUAUAAUUGGCAACUUCAAGUUUCGCCCAGCCUUGGGCAACAAUUUUUCCUCGUACCAUCGAGAAGCCGGGCUCGAUACGGCUUAUGCUGUCAGUGGCCCUCAUAAACCCAACAAAGAAAGAAACUUCUCUGGGCUUCACUCCUGGUUGCAUUGUUUUCAUAGUGUCAAGUGUAGAUGAUGUUACACCUACUAAAGCAGGUGCAAAUUAUCCAGAAAACUGGCUGGCUCGUCUCCAGAAAUUUUGGAACAUCUCUAAUGGUGAAGGGAAGCACAGAUGACAACAACAACAAGAAAACAUGGUAUUACAGAAUGGAAGACAACUCAAAAAAAUAUUGGCGAUUGCAAUCAGAUUGCAGAGAAGGGGUACCUGAAAGUGAGUGGCAGGGUAUGCUUCAUCAUUUGUCUCCAAAACAUGGCAUCAGCCUCAGUGUAGUUCAUGCGCUUCAAAAAGGCAUUGAUCUAAGACCAUCGGCAAUUGCAGGAUGGUACGGAAAUAUUAAACGUAAAAUAAGUGUAAUGGAUCAAAGUUUUAAAGCUAAACGAGUUGCUGCACUUGGCUAUGACUUAGCAGCUGCCCAUUUCUUAGUACACCGAGAAGGCAAGGUUCGUUUUAAAGAUGCACAGGAGUGGACUCAACAAGAUGAAAAUGGAGAGUAUGAACUAACUGGUCAUUAUUCCCCAAAUGUUUUUGUGGAAGCAAUUGAUGCAUCUGGAAUAGACCUCUUGUAUGAAGGCCUCGAAUCUAUGUGUUAUCUUAAUCACUUGAAAUGGCUAAGUGUUGCCAGCUGCCCAAAUAUUGAUGACUGGUGCAUUGACCGCAUCUGUUGCCAGUAUUCCAAUACUCUUGAGUACCUUGAUAUCAGCAACUGUGUCAAAGUAACUGAAUAUGGUAUUGCUGCCUUGGGACGUCUGAGAAAGCUUAAGCAUCUGUAUCUUAAUGGAUUAGAUGAUGUGACAAAUAUUAAGUUGCUCUGCUUACUCCUUGAAGAUAUCCUGCCUGAUCUUCACAUUGAAGGGAUUCAGUAUAUGGAUCCGAAGUUACUACAUCAUGUGUGACUACAGUAUUGUUCUUUAAGCAUUAUAAACUAUAAAUAGAAGUAGUUUUUAUGAUAUAAUUUAAACAAUCUUUUCCAUUAAAAGUACUUUAACACACAAUCCAUUUCCCUCAAAAGAGAGGGUGAUCCAAAGAGGAAAACUCAUGUGCCAUCACUCAUUCUCUAGCUGUGUAUCCAGAAUUGCAUGGACACAAUUGAAUUGUGAACUAGGAAUUAUUUAGGUUUAUUUAGGUUUCCAAGGUACUCCUUCCUUCUAAAGUACAGUGGACCCCCGCAUAACGAUCACCUCCGAAUGCGACCAAUUAUGUAAGUGCGUUUGUACGUGUAUGUUUGGGGGUCUGAAAUGGACUAAUCUACUUCACAAUAUUCCUUAUGGGAACAAAUUCGGUCAGUACUGGCACCUGAACAUACUUCUGGAGUGAAAAAAUAUCGUUAACCGGGGGUCCACUGUACAGUGGUACCUCGGGAUACGAACAGCUCAAAACUCGAACAGUUAUGUAAGUGUAUUUAUGUAAGUGCUUUUGUAAGUGUAUUUUUGGGGGUUUGAAAUGAAUUAAUCUGAUUUACAUUAUUCCUUAUGGGAACAAAUUCGUUUGGUAUCGGCACUUGCACAGCCUUCUGGAAUGAAAAAAAUUUGUAUCCCAAGGUACCACUGUAUCUGUAACUAAACUAUUCUUUUUGGGCCACCCUGACUUGGUGGGAUACGGCCCGUUUGUUGAAGGAAAAAAAAAUAUAUAUACACAUAUAUAGUCAUCGGGCUCUUUCAUAGAACUGUUAUUAGCUUCUGGAAGCUUGGUGUUGUGUGUGUUAGUGUAGACUUCUAAAUGUGCUGAGUCAGGGUGUGGCUGCUGUCAAAAUGACAUAUUAUACCAUCUCUCACUACCCUUACUGCCUGUCAACACCCAUGGGGCCCUAUGCCUUCUUCCCCACCGUCCUUCCUACCUACCUACCUUUCUUUCUCCUUUCUUUUUUUCUUUCUUCUGGUAUCCUGGGCAUUGCUUAUGGUCACAAACUCCUCAAAACCAUGAAAUUCAUCUUCGCUUACAUCUCCAUCUGUGUUAGAUCUAUUACGUGGGAAGAGAGGAGAGCCAAUUUCGCCGGGGAGUCAGAUAUUUCCCGCUAGGCAUGCUGAACAAGGACUAUUGAAAUGGCAUUCCCACAAUGCACCACUGUGCACACUGACCAUGGAGACUCAUUCUCUCACAUGUGGGUCUACCAGCUUUCUCCUGCUCAAUUUGAAGCGACUAGAAUUUUGGUGUUUUAAUACUUCAAAAACAUUGGCUCGUAAGACGAAUACACAUGUAUAUACUGACCAAAACAGUCAAAGGGUUAAAACAAUAUCAGAGAUGGUUGGCACAAACCCACUACCAUUACAUGUAUAUUCAUUCUCCUCACUUAGCGACGAAUUCGUUUACCGACGUGGUCUUAGGAACGGAACUCCAUCAUUCAGUGAGGAGAGGCUGUAAUUUGAAAUGUCUGUAUUAGCAGAAUGCUGUAAAGCAGGGCCCUCCUUAACAAAUAAUUGGAGUUAUGUUUUCCAUCUCAUUUAAAAAGUAAGAGAUUGCUUUUUUUGUUUUUAAGAAUGUAGUACUGUACUGUAUUAUAUUAGUAAGAGAACUGUUAAAUGUUAAUUUAAGUCGCAAAAAAUGAAUUUUUGCUACUAUUAAAUUUGUUAAGAAAACAUGAUCUUCAGAAUGUAUGAGCUAAAGAAUUCAGUGACAUUUAUUUCAUUUAUUUUAUACCCUACCUCAGUGGGAGAUAGCUGGUGUGUUAAAAAUAAAUGUGUGUGUAAAGAAAAAAAAAAACAGGUAAUAACAGAACAGUUUGAAGUUUAUUUAUUGAAAGAAAAUAAGUAUGCUUAUUAACCCUUUCAGGGUUUCUGACGUACUAGUACGGCUUACGCACCAAGGUUAUUGACGUACUAGAAUGCCUAAAUUCUAGCGCCUUCAAAUCUGGUGAGAGAAAGCUGUUAGGCCUACAUAUGAAAGAAUGGGUCUAUGUGGCCAGUGUUAGCAGUAUAAAAAAAAAAUCCUGCAGCACACAGUGCAUAAUGAGGAAAAAAAAAAACUCCAACUGUGUUUUUGAUUUUAAACAGGGACUUUGCAGUGUAUUUUUGUAUGGUAUUUAUGGUUGUAUUCUAGUUUUCCUGGUCUCAUUUUAUAGAAUGGAAGACAUAUUACAGAAAUUGAGAUGAUUUUGAUUGGUUUCAUAUUGAAAAGUGCCUUGAAAUUGAGCUCAAAGUAGCAGAAAUGUUCGAUUUUUACCAAAUUUCAAAAGUAAACAAAUCAUGCCAAGCGUCCAGUACACAUCAACUGGUGAAUCUGAUAUUCUUUCACAAGUGCACUGAUAUUAUUUAUACCAUUUCUACACCAUUUCUACACUAAUGCAGUAGUCUGCAUAACAGUAAAUCUUCUAUUUUUUUAGAAUAAAAAUUCAAAGUGGAAAGCAAAAGAGAUGUAAGAGGGGCCUGGGGACGUGACUAAUAAACAGAGGAAAUGUGAUUUUAGUGCCAGAAAUGUCAAUCUUGCUUUUUCUGGACCCUAUUUGGAAAUUGGCAUCUGAAAUUUGUGUGAAAUUGGCAAAAUUGCCAAUUUCUGUCCAUUUUAUUGGAUAGUUGAAAUUGGUAAGUUGGUGGUUUCUUGUACUCAUUCGAUAGAAAAAAUGGAGUUAUAGCGAAAUAGAUAUGAUUUUUGUUGACUAGUACACUGAAAUUGACCAAAAAUAUGGCUCAAAGUGGGCGAAAUCGCCGAUGCGUAAACAUUGUCAAGAUUGCUAACUUUGCGAGAGCAUAAUUCCAUAAGUUUUCCAUCAAAUUUCAUAGUUUUAGUGUCAUUAUGAUCGGGAAAAGAUUCUCUAUCAUUUCAUAAGAAAAAAUAAUUUUUUUUUUUCGAAAAAUUUUCAACUCUGAGAACGAGUUUAGGAGAGGGCCUCUCAACCCUGAAAGGGUUAACAAAUAAAGAAAUCAGGAUGUGGUAGCUUUCCUUCUUUUGAGAAGAAAAUUUCUUAACCCUUAGAAUAUGUACAUUGCAGUUCUGGAAUGGUCCAACUACCUGACAGUGCAACUUCUAAUUUUGACAAGGCAGCCAUUCUUUUUUAACUUUGCUGUUUUUCUCUGAUGUUUCAGGGAUCAGUGAGAUAGUCUUGAAUAUUUAUAUAUUUUUUUUUAUCAGCUUGCACACUUGCAUUUUUCUCCCCUUGAUUCAUUUGAAUACCUGGUAGUAAUAUUGUUUUUGAUGAUAGUGUAAUAUUUUGUUAUAAGAAAUUAAUAGAAUGUCUUGAAAAUAUAAUUUAUAUAAAAGAUGAUAAAUAUAAUGCAAAUUCAUAAUGAAAUGAGCUGAAGGAAUAGGAUAAAUAUUCUUUCUUGCUCUUGGUGCAUUUCUCACCUCUACAAUCUUCUAAUUUGCAAUGCACCUCUUUUGCUUUCCAUCACCUGGUAUUGAUACUAGUGAUGUUCAGUACAUGAAUAUUAUCAUAAAGAAGACUUGAUAGUAUCUAUUUGUAAUUUUGUAAUACAUUUCUACUCCAUUUUCUGGAGUUAUGUCAUACAAUGUGAAGAUAUUAAUAGUAUAACUGAUGAAGUAGCUUGCACAUAAAAUGUAUAAAGGCUAAUGCAAUAAACUUCCUUUUUUCACAUUAGAUGGCAGAAUAAUGACACACAUGUAAAUACAAUUUAAUUUCUAUUUGUAGAUAUUGGUGCACACAAAGAUGAACUUGAUUUAUUAUAAAAGUUUUAAGGGAUAAUUAUUUUUUAAGUUUUACUCAAAUUGAAUACCAUAUAUAGUAUUUGAAAAUGUUGAAUCAUUGAAAAUUUGUUCUAAUUUUUCAAAAAAUACUGGUUGUCUCCCACUGAAGAAGGAUAACUUACAAAAAAGAGGAGAUACAUACAUUUACUGUCAUUCAUUGAACUACUGUCUUGUCAAAAAUGUGCUGAUAUCACAGUGCCGAUGGCAUUGCAACAUCCUCACCCUCCUUCAGAGUGGUCACUGUAUUUUCAGGGCUCAAGUUCAUCUAACUAGUUUCCCUGAAAACACUUGUCUCUACUCAUUUAUAUAUACAUAAUGAAAAAUAUUGCUCUAAUUGUGUUGUAAUGCAAGAAUAUUUAAAAAAAAGAAUUUAUCUAAUAAUUAAUAAUUUUAAGGAAAAUAAGGGUCAAAUAUGAAAAACUUUUGGUUUCUUAUUAUUGAGAAAAUGCAAAAACACAUAUAAACAGUUUUAUUUUUUCAUCGAUAACACUAGUUGGUAACCAACCAGCUGAUUCAUGAUGCAGUGAAAUUUUAAAAUGUCAUAAUCUUAACAGCAGUCUGAUGAGUGAUAUUUCCUGUGUUUUGAUGUAGUAAGACUGCCAUCACACAUCCUACUGAGUUACUGGGUGCUCAUAAUGUACUAAACUACUUGACACAUCCUACUGAGUUGCUGGGUGCUCAUAAUGUACUAAACUACUUGACACAUCCUAAUGAGUUGCUGGGUGCUCAUAAUGUACUAAACUACUUGACACAUCCUACUGAGUUACUGGGUGCUCAUAAUGUACUAAACUACUUGACACAUUCUACUGAGUUACUGGGUGCUCAUAAUGUACUAAACUACUUGACACAUCCUACUGAGUUACUGGGUGCUCAUAAUGUACUAAACUACUUGGCACAUUCUACUGAGUUACUGGGUGCUCAUAAUGUACUAAACUACUUGACACAUCCUACUGAGUUGCUGGGUGCUCAUAAUGUACUAAACUACUUGACACAUCCUACUGAGUUACUGGGUGCUCAUAAUGUUCUAAACUACUUGACACAUCCUACUAAGUUACUGGAUACUCAUAACCCACAAGACACAAACACCUCUUUGAUAUCACCCAUGUUCAACUCAACCUGAGUAGACUCAAUGUGCAUAAAAGACCCUAAAAUCUGGAACUGUGUUUGAAUAUUUCAACUUAAGGUUUUCUGUUCAGAAACCACUUCAGAGCUACUGCUAAGAAGCACUUCCUUACCUCUCUGUGAUUGUUGACAGCAUUAUACUAUGUUAAACAAAUAGUGAAAUCUUGUUUUCAUCCAAUUCCAUCCCUGUACUUCGUGUUUCAGCUUUUGUCUUUCUACUCUCAUUUAUUGCUUGAAAUGCUGCAAUCCCUUCUUACAGACAUAGCUGUUGUACUGGUAAUAUUACAUUGUAUUUAUCUUUGCCAUUACUUCUUACAUACAUAUCUUCAGAUAUAAUCUUCAGAGAAAUUAUAUUUCAUUAUUUUGUUUUGUAGUGUAAUUUAAGUAUCACUCACCUUAUUAAAAGUAGACAAUUACA